AUCUACUAUGUAACCCUGCUGUUUGAUGUACCUAAGAAGUGUUCCCCCCCAAACUUCUUUUAUUUACAGCCCAGUGUAUCCUGGCAGUUAUCAGAAUUCUAACAUAUACGGAAGAGUUAUCAUUUGAUUCUUCUCAAAUCUUACCUAUUCCGGCGAUAACUCAACAGUGUCGUUUUUGUCCUGCAACUACAGUAUAGUUAAUCUCGCAAACCCAGCACAUUCUUGAACAAUGUCGAUAAAGUUGCUGCACGGACAGAAAAUCUACACCCUCGAGGGUUCGUAUGCAGGAAAGUUCCAGCCCCCGGACCCAUCCACAACUGGGGAGAGUUUGGUUCGGGAAUAUUGGGACGUCUCCUAAUCGACCCGAAUCAAGGGCCUAGGAGACGAUCUGUAAUGAUUCGCACCGGAUUGUUCGGUUAAUAAUCUUUUGACAUUUUUAUGAGUUCAUGCACUAGAUUUACUAUAAACUAGAACAGAUCCCCAUGUCAAGAAUACCUAGGUAGUUAGUAGUCACAACAACUUCAACUUUCGAUAGAGAACAUAGAGAACGUCAAGAUGGCUGAAGUUGGUAUUAUGCCGCCUCCGGAAGGAGUGACUCCUGACUUCCAUACUCAAACCUCUCUUCAGACUACUCUGAUUAUCCUUUUUGGUGUCACCUUUGCUUUGGCGACUAUAUCUGUAAUUCUUCGAUUAUAUACGGCUUUGGCGAUCGUCAAGAAGCUAGAUUGGGAUAUUUUAUUCAUUGUUGCAGCCUGGGGAACUUCCCUGGCCUUCUACAUUGGAACGAUAAUAGCCAUACCAGCUGGUUUUGGGCGGCAUAUUUGGGACGUUACGCCAACACAACUGCUUGGAUACUAUAAUGUCUUAUUGCUCCUCGCUAUCACGUACAUUUGGCCGCCAUCUCUAACCAAACUCGCACUCCUCGUUCUCUAUAUUCGACUCAAUCCCUCAAAACCUUUCCGCGCGUGCGUUUAUAUUAGCGGAUUCCUCAUUUUUACGUUCACCGUCGUAUUCACGAUUCUGUUUGCCGGGCCUUGCAACCCAUUAUCUGUCGGCAGUGGUGUUUGCUUGAACAACAUAGCCAUAUCGCAGGCUGUUUUAAACAUUGUAUUUGAUGUUGUUAUCAUAGUGCUUCCUAUUCCUAUGGUACACAAGUUACAAUUGCCUCUGAAGCAGAAGGCAGUCAUUGGCUUUUUGAUCGCAUUAGGGUCGGCUGUCGUUAUUGUUUCUAUUGCGCGCGUUGCCUACGUGAGAGCCAUGAUAGCGAACCCCGACGUGACUUGGACACAGGCAUCUGCUGCAGUCUUGUCAACAUUGGAAUUGAAUAUCGGAAUCAUAGGCAACUGUAUAUCACGUCUGAAGCCCAUGGUUCAAAAACAUGCCCCUUCGUGGAUAUCCUCCGGGAGCAAUUCGAAUGCGCCUGGAAGCUACGCUCGGAACCAAGGCAGUAAUGUCCCGCGGUCAUGGGGAACGAGCAAAGGGAACCAGGGGUACAAAUUAGAGAGUAUCGACCGCGGAGACAAGUCUGGUGAUGCAGAGCGAGGUGUCGACAAAGACAUUUAUGUCAUAAAUGACUACAGGGUCGAAUACGACACGAAAGAAUCGGGCCAGGCCAAGCCAGUUAGAACAGGAAGUACAGAGAGCAUUCUCGCACCGGAGAGGGAUGCUCGGCGUGUGGUAUAGGUUCAUGCUGUGCUCAGGACGUAGAGAGCAUGUCGCACCUCAAGAUCAGGAACAUUGUAUUGUACUUUUCAACCCAAUGUGUAUUAGUAGAGGAGUCCAAAAAUAGUAGUUUACGGAUCUAACAUUCAUAAGAAACUUUCUGGUUUUCAUCUGCU